AUGGCUGCAGAGAAGAAGACGAGACAUCAGAAUAAAGCCUUCGGCUGGGCAGCCCGUGACACCUCCGGCAUCCUUUCUCCCUUCAACUUCACCAGAAGAGCCACCGAGGAAUCUGAUGUGAGAAUAAAAAUACUCUACUGCGGGAUUUGCCAUACUGAUCUGCAUAUGAGCAAAAGUGUCAUCGACUUCCCCAUUACGUAUCCUCUUGUUCCAGGGCAUGAGAUCGUGGGUGAGGUGAUCGAAACUGGAGCCAAUGUGAAGAAGUUCAAUGCCGGAGAUAGAGCCGGCGUGGGCUGCUUCGUUCGCAGCUGCGGCGACUGCGAUCAAUGCAAUGAGAGCCUCGAGAGCUACUGUAAUAGAGCGGUAAUGACUUACAACGGCACCGAUCACGACGGCUCGCCCACCUACGGCGGCUACUCCGAUACAAUCGUCGUCCACGAGCGCUAUGUGUUUCUCAUCCCCGACCGACUCCCACUCCACUCCGCCGCUCCGCUACUCUGCGCAGGCAUCACCGUCUACAGCCCAAUGCGUUACUUCGGCCUCGACCGCCCCGGCCUACAUGUUGGUGUCGUCGGCCUCGGCGGCCUCGGCCAUGUCGCCGUCAAGUUUGCAAAGGCUAUGGGGAUGAGUGCCACAGUCAUCAGCACCUCGCCGCACAAACAAAAGGAGGCAAUUGAACUCCUGGGAGCUGAUCGCUUUCUUGUUAGCUCUUUUUCGUUGGCUUUGCAGGAGGCAAUCGGUAGUUUGGAUGGGAUAAUUGAUACUGUAUCUGCAUAUCACCCAAUAGCACCAUCGUUAGGACUAUUGAAGGCACAUGGUAAGCUGGUGGUUCUUGGAGCAUCAAAAGAGCCACUACAAGUACCUUCUAUCCCUCUUCUUUUAGGAAGAAAGAUUGUGAGUGGUUCUGCUGCUGGAGGCAUGAAAGAAACGCAGGAGAUGAUAAAUUUUGCUGCAGAACAUAACAUCAGCGCUGAAGUUGAGGUUAUACCAAUGAGCUACGUGAAUACAGCAAUGGAAAGACUUGCUAAGGGAGAUGUCAAAUAUCGAUUUGUCAUCGAUGUGGGAAGCUCUUUGAAGGCUGAUUAGAUGAGUGGAUUAAGCGAUUAUCAUACUAUUUUGCGUUUUGUUCUUUUUUUUUUUCUUUGUUGUGAUUUGUAACAUUGGCGUGUAUGUUACUAUGUUAUGAUC